AUGGAGGUCGGUGAAUCCUCCAAUGCUGCUGCGGCUGCCGCUCCUUCCCAAGGGUCUGGAGCCGCUCUAGCCGGUACGGUUCAUGAGACUCAGAAUCAGUAUCAACAGCAAAGCUUUGUGGAGAUGAUGAAUGAGCAAAUGGGGUUUCAGUUCAUGGGUCAUAACCACCACCACCAACCGCAGCAGCAGCAGAUCCCCGGUGAUUCCCCAAUCGCUCCGCCAGGCGCCAGCUCAAGCAGUACGAACCCCGUUACCGGGCCAAACCCCACCACCAACAACAUUUGGUUCCCAUAG